CGAGUCAAGAAGUCUUCAUUCCUACCAUAGACGAACGAACAACAGCCGCACAGCCCAAAAGAUUAUCUGAAAAGUUCAGCUUUCAAACCCCCACAACCAAAAAUGCCCCCUCAAAACCGCGCCGCCUGGCUCAUGAACAAACAAGACCCCGUCUUCAUCGUGAAAGAGGCCCCCUACACCGCACCUGAACCCAACGAAAUCGUAAUCAAAACCGCAGCGGUAGCAAUCAACCCCGCCGACAUCAUCUGCCAAAAACUCGGCAUCAUCAUCCCCCACUACCCCGCUAUCCUCGGCUGCGACGCCGCAGGCACAAUCAUCGCCCUCGGCUCCUCCAUCCCCCCUUCUUUCAAAAUCGGCGACCGCGUCCUCGGCAACGCCCGUCCCGAUAAACCUCUCCUCCCGUCCGGCAUAUAUAAAUACUCCGCCUUCCAGCAAUACGUCGUCUUGAAACUCCCUCUCAUAGCCAAGAUCCCGGAGUCCGCGACCUUCGAAGACGCCGUCGUGCUGCCAUUAGGCUUGCUCGCUUCCUCGGCAUGUCUGUUUCACUCCAGCACCCUGGGGCUCGCGAUGCCGCCUCGUGAGCAAGAGAGCGGGAGCGGGAGCGGGAGGGGAGAGGUGCUGCUCGUUUGGGGCGCGAGUAGUAGUGUAGGCUGUUGUGGGGUUCAACUCGCUAUCGCGGCCGGGUACGAAGUAUUCGGCGUAGCGAGCGCCCGGAAUCAUCAGAUGGUUCGGUCCGUUGGCGCGAGUAAAGUUUUCGACCAAGCAGACAAAGAUCUGGUGGAGCAGGUAGUGGAUGCGUUAAAGGGAAAACAGUGUGUAGGGGCUUUCGAUGCGAUUUCGAAGCCGGAGACGCUGGGUCCGUUAUGUGAUAUCUUGGAUGGAGCGGGGGGGAGGAAAUUGGUUGCUGCGAUUGCGCCGGGGGCGGAGGGGCAUGCGAAGAAGGGGGUUACUAUUAGGACGAAUUUUGGGGCGAGGGAUUUUGAGGAGACGGUUGGGCCGAAGAUCUUUGGGGGGUUUUUGGAAAGGGCUUUGGAGGAGGGGUCGUUUCGGUAUUUGCCGGUUGCGGAGGUGGUGGGGCGUGGGUUGGAGGAUAUUCAGAAAGCUUGUGAUAUAUUGGCUCAGGGUGUGAGUGCUAAGAAGGUGGUUGUGUCUUUGUAG